CGUAAACAUAAUCUUGUUUAGUUGACUUUCUUGUGUUCUGAGCUUCUCAACCCCGUUCAGUUUGUCGUUUCAAGCUGACUCAACCAGUUCAGGAUGCUGCACAAUUUGAGAAGCUUGAUUUUCCUCAGUUGCAUCGUUGGUUCUCUUAUGAAAACAGUGAAAUACAACUUUGAUGAUGACACUUGGGAAAUACAAAGUUUCGUAAUAAACACUGAGAGAGAUAUUGAACAAUUGUCCCAAUUUGCAGAAUAUUCGUCGAUAAACUUCAAAUGGCCAACAAUGUCAACAAUGACAUUGCUACGGCAGAAGUCUCAGCGGCUAGUCGUGUUUUUUCGCGGUGUGUUUGGCGCGUUUUUCACGGCGAAAUCGAGGCGUGUGCGAGCGGACAGGCCCGUUCCGGUGGUCAGAGGAGCCACAAUCUGGUCGUCGUGGACUCGGCGGCGGUGCAGCAGUGGAAGAGGAACGAGUUCCUGCAUCCGAGCAGCAGCAGCAGGAGGAGUCAGCAGCAGCGGCCGCGGAGGCAGCUGAGGCGAGAGACGGUCGUUGGCAGGAGGAAUCGGCCCCGGAGAGUCGACUGCGGUCGGCGGACCAGUUUUCGGCCAGGCCAGGUCGGAGACAACCCCCGUUGUUUACGUGGCUGGCAGCAGGCAGCACAACAACAACAACAACAAGCGCGCGAAAACGAGCUUCCCGCGCAUCCCGCUGCGGGCGGCAGCCAGUGCGGCCAGUUCGGCGGUGAGUGCGAAAGGCGAGUUUUUUGUUAG